CACUCACUUCACCAUGUACCGAGCAUCUUUGUCCCUGUUGGCGGCCCUGAGCUUUGUGCCGUCUUCGACUUCGGCACCCACCGCUUCCUCAGCAACGCUGCUUGCUGCCCACUACACCGGGAAGCUGUACACUCUGACUUUCACUUCUUCUGGAAGCACUGGAUCCCUCGCGGUCAGCCAGCCGGUAACAGGAUGCGGGUCCACGCCGGCAUGGCUUCAGCUGUAUCCCGAGGAUAAGACUCUCUACUGCUUCGAUGAAUCCUGGACGGGAAGUGGUAGCAAUGCGGCGUACACUGUCGGCAGCGACGGGAAGCUCACGCUCAAGGCGUCGGGAAAGUCCACUGGAAACUCUGUACAUGGACUGCUGUACGGAGGCUCAGAUGGAAAGGGCUUUGCUGCCACCGUAGAAUAGUAAGCCGCCCGUACUAGAAUCAUGCUUAAUACUAACGUCCUGAAGUUCGCCUUCCACACUUACAACCUACAAGAUGCCCUUUUCUAGCAGCACCAAAGCUUUGACAACAGAGAAAUUUACCAUGUCUCAAAAGGGCCCUAAUUCCCGCCAAGACGUCCCUCAUCCCCACGAAGCGUUGCUUGACCCAACCGGGAAGUUCAUGCUCGUCCCAGAUCUGGGCGCCGACCUCAUUCGCAUCUUCAGCAUCGAUGCCAACAGCGGCAAGCUUACCUCCUGCGGCUCGGGCAAGACCGACCCUGGUGAUGGACCUCGACACGGCCAAUUCUUCUGGACGAACAAAGACUCAGCCCAACCCCAGAUCCUUUACACCGUCAACGAACUAGGCAAUUCCGUCUCUUCGUGGACUAUCACGUACCCCAGCGGUUCAGGUGGAUGUCUCUCGCUCACCAAGCUGCAGACCCUCUCGACCUACGCGCCAGGCACCAAGGGAGGACCAACAACCAAGGCAGCUGAGCUCCGCACAUUCGGAAACUUCCUGUAUGCGGCGAACCGUGCGGACCAGACGUUUGGCAGCCAGAAAGAUUCUAUCGCGACAUACACGAUUGAUCCUGCAACCGGAAAGAUCGCCUGGUUGGAGGCGGCGAACUCGUACUCUUACUACCCCAGGACGUUCCAAAUCAACAAGGCAGGUACGCUCGUGGCAGUAGGUGGACAGACGAGUUCAAACGUUGCCAUCAUCAACCGAGACCCUACCACGGGCAAGUUAGGAAGCUUGGUAACGAGUGUUGUGGUUGCGACGCCGGGACGUGCUGGCGAGGAAGACGGUCUCGCUGCUGUGAUCUGGAAUGAAUAGAGAACACGAUACAAUUUUAACGAUCUGCCCAAUAUGCAGACAAGGCGGUCUCCUGAAGCUCUUUCUUGAAUCGUAUUCGCAUGAACGG